AUGAUGCUCUCCCUCAAGACGGCCCUCACGGCCUUGCUCUUCUUUUCCCCGCUGGUACAGGCUCGCCCGCGAUGUCCCACGCGGGAUGAGAGGGAAUGGGUCACCAUCUGGGGAACCAUGCCCCAGCUCUGCGAGCCAGCCAACUUACCUCCAGCGCCCUUUAACGAGACAGGCCGUGUCUUCCGCGACGCAACCCUUCGCCAAACUGUCAAGGUUUCUCUUGCGGCCUCCACCCUCCGCCUACAGAUCAGCAACGCCUUUGGCGCGUCCGACCUGCCCAUCACCGCCGUCACCAUUGCCCGCACGGCCAAUAACACGGCCGGUACCAGCGGCGUCGACGCCGACUCCCUCCAAGUCGUCACCUUCUCCGGCAGCGGCAGCUUCAUCGUCCCCAACGGCGCCAUCGUCUUCUCGGACCCGAUUGAGCUCUCCGUUGAGGCGCGGUCGAUCGUCUCUGUGACCAUCUACCUCGCCGACGGGCAGACGACCAACAGCAUCACCGCGCACCCGGGCAGCCGGACAACAUCGUUCCUCGUCAACGGUAACCACGUGGCGGACCAGGACCUCGGCGCCAACGCCACCCGGACGGAUCACUGGUAUCUGAUCAGCGCCAUCGAGGCCUGGGUGCCCAAGGGCGCGUCGGCCGUGGCCAUUGUGGGCGACUCCAUCUCCGACGGCCGCGGCUCGACGACGAACGCCAACGACCGCUGGCCCGACCAGCUGCUGGCGCGAAUGCAGAACGAGUCGUCAACACAGAGCAUCGCCAUCGUCAACGAGGCCGCUGGCGGGAACCGCGUGCUGGCCGACGGGCUAGGCCCGAACGGUCUGGGGCGCAUCGACAGGGACGUCAUCGCGCAGUCGGCCGUCAAGUACGCCAUCGUCUUCAUCGGUGUCAACGACAUUGGCACGGCGGCCACCACGGCGGCGGCUCAGCAGGCCGUGGGCGACAGGCUCGUGGCGGCGUACGAUCAGAUGAUUACGCGGCUGCACCGCUUCGGCAUCGCCGUCUUCGGGGCGACGAUCACGCCGUUCACGGGGGAUGGCCAGACGUACUCCGAUCCGGAGAGAGAGAAGACGAGACAGAAGGUGAACGAGUGGAUCCGCAGCAGCGGGCGGUUCGAUGGGCUUGUUGAUUUCGAUAAGGUGGUGAGGGACCCUGCGGCACCGGAGAAGCUCAAGGUCGAGUAUGACACGGGAGAUCAUCUACAUCUCAACCCGGCCGGGUACCAGGCCAUGGCUGCCGGUGUCGAUUUGGCGUUGUUUGAGAAGUUCAAGGAUGGGGUUUGGAGCAUGACAUAG